CUCCCAACGUCACAUCAAUGGGCGGGUUCUGGUGAUUCGGUAUUAAAAUCGGCUUGGAUUGGUCAAAGCCUGGAUCCAGAAAAUGUAUUUAAGGCCUGAUAUAACACAUUAAGCCACACUUCACGAAAUUGAAGAGGAGGCAGUCAUGAGAUUCUUAUUGCUAAUUGGUAUCUUCAUUGCGGUGGCUGCAAGCCCUUCUGAAGGCUAUCGGCGAUGUCCAACAUAUUGGGUUCCAUAUAAAAGAAGUUGUUAUCGAGUGUUCUCAUACUUAAAGACUUGGCAUGAGGCAGAAUCUUUUUGCUCUACAAGUUCAGGAAGUAAAGGUCACCUCGUCACCAUCGGUAGUAGUGCUGAAAACCGUUUUGUCGCGACGCUUUGGAGAACUUCUCAUGGUGGUGAUGGUAGUGAGAUAACUAGGAAGUACACAUACUGGAUUGGUUUGAAGAGGUGGGGUAAUAGUUGGCGUUGGUCGGACGGAUCACCAUACCGGUACACAAAUUGGGCAAGAAGUGAACCUAAUAACAAAUGGAAACGAGAAGAUUGUGUCCACCAGUGGAAAAAGCAUUAUAGUUACCUGACCUGGAAUGACAAUAGAUGCUCGAAGAGGUUAUCAUUCGUAUGCGAGACAUAGAAAAUUCCCCAAAGUGAUUCUGACAUAUGUUUGCAGCACCUUAUAUAGCACAACGAGACUGUAAUCUUGUCACUUGUUUUAAUUUAAUUAAAUAUUUUGAUCGUUCCAUAAUUCAAUUCCCCAAACAACUUGGAUUCAGUUAAUUACAUUCUUGACAUGGUGUUAUAAAAAAAAAAUAUAUGAGUCCUAAAUG